CACGCCACAGCUGCAACGACCGUCCUUGCUUCACCUUCGCAACAGCAGAAAGGCGCUUUGCAAACACCUCGCUGUGCUGUUUGCAUACCGAAGAGAACGAUUUAAUAUUGCAGACGGUCGUCUAUACAACAGCACGAAAAAAGAAACAUCAACACAGCGCUCACAUCACCACCUCCGUCAUCAAACAGCAACAGACCAGAGUUCACAAGCUAACAAUGUUCCGCGCGGCUGCCUCUGGGCCCUACGACGAUGCUGUCGCCAAGGCAACCAACGAGAACCUCACCUCCGAGGACUGGGCCGCCAUCAUGGAGGUCUGCGACAAAGUCCUCGGUGAUCAGAACGGCCCUAAAGAAGCUGUGCAAAGCUUGAUCCGCAGACUUGCUCAUCGAAAUGCCAAUGUUCAGCUAUAUACUCUUGAGCUUGCUCAUGCUCUUUGCCAAAACUGCGGCAAACCCAUGCAUCGCGAAGUAUCGAGCCGCGCAUUUACAGAGUCGCUCCUGAAGCUCGCCAACGACCGCAACACACACCACCAAGUUAAGGCCAAGAUUCUCGAGCGCAUGAAGGAUUGGAGCGACAUGUUUAGCAAGGAUGCCGACCUGGGCAUCAUGGAUUCAGCCUACCACACCCUAAAGCGAAGCAAUCCGACGCUCCAAGCCCCGAGUGCGCCCCAGAAGCAGGGCCUCACCGAUUCCGAUCGACAAAAGGAAGAAGACGAGCUGCAAAUGGCCCUCAAGCUUAGUUUGCAAGAAGAAGAGCGCAAGAAGGCGGCUCCAUCAGGCUCUAGCUCUCAGGCGGGCCCAAGCAGCCAACAAGAGCAAGCACCUGCACCCGCUGGUACCACUGCUGCGACAGUGAGCCGUGUCCGAGCUUUAUUCGACUUUGUACCCUCAGAGCCCGGAGAGCUUGAGUUCAAAAAGGGCGACGUCAUUGCUGUUCUGGAGUCUGUCUACAAGGACUGGUGGCGAGGUUCGCUCAAGGGCAAUACUGGCAUUUUCCCGCUGAAUUACGUGGAGAAGCUUACGGAUCCUACUCCAGAUGAGCUUCAGCGGGAAGCACAGAUGGAGGCGGAAGUGUUUGCUGAGAUCAAGAACGUGGAGAAGCUGUUGACUCUGCUCAGUGCGUCCAACACCGGGCCAAGGGAGGAAGAUAACGAGGAGAUUUCAAAGCUGUACCACCAAACUCUCGCCAUACGCCCCAAGCUGAUUAAGUUGAUUGAGAAGUACUCGCAGAAGAAGGAUGACUUUACUCAGCUCAACGAAAAGUUCAUCAAGGCAAGACGAGACUACGAAGCGUUGCUGGAGUCAUCCAUGGCUCAUCCUCCGCAGCACAACUACCACCAAUAUGCUAUGCGACCUGCCCAAGGCCAGGGCUACCCAGCAGGAGGCCCCGGAUACCCCAACCCAGCCCUACAGCAACAGCAACAGCAACAGCCACAAGAUCCAAACCGCUUCUAUACACCUGCACCCCAAGGUGAUCGCCCAGCAUACUCCACGACCUCUCCUCCUCCAAACUUUCCCCAGCAACCACAGCAAGCCGGCGGAGCUCCGUUCUACGUUGGAGGAGCUGAAGUCCCAAGCCACGCAGCGCAAUCCCAUCCCCAACAAUACCCCCGCCGGGACUCGACACCCCGCGUCCCAUCUGGUGGACGACAGCCAGCUCCCAUUAGCACAUCACCUGCUCCCGCCCACCAAUACACACCCUACUCGCCUGGGGCAGCGCAGAAUGCCAGCCUCCAUAGCCAACAGACCCUGCCACCACAGCAGCAACAACAACAGCAGCAGCGACCUCAGAGCACAUAUGGCGCCCAAGAGCUCGCAACGUCCGUCUACGACUCGCCUAUUGCGCCUCAGAACCCAGCAGCGCCCAACUUUUAUACCCAGGAGGAAGCAAAGCCCUCUGCUGCCCCAUCAACGCCGUACGGCCACCCGCAGCAGCAACAAUACCAGAGCUAUCCCCCACCAGCUCCCGAACAAGGCCCCCCUCCCAUCCCAACUGGCCAAGCCCCUCCUCCUCCACAAGCCGAUGCAUACGACGCCCGUCAUGGCUUGCCUAGCCAAGCAUCAGCACCUCCAGCUGAGCCUCAGUACAAGCCGUACACUCCCGGCGCAGCUCAUGAUGUCCCCAGUGCUCCUUCGCCUGUAGAUUAUUACCGCCAAGGAGGCGGCUACUGAGUCGGAACUGAUGUGUGAGAGAAGAGAUGAUGGGCUCCAAAAACCAUGUUUACGUUGUAUUUACCACUGUUGGGAAACCCCUGGAAAUAGCGCCUCAUGUUUAAGCUACCUGUCGCAGUCGACCUUUUGAGAGAAAUGAGAAAUAUUUGAUCAAUUUGUUACAAUCAAUUCCUUGCAUGUCUAUAAAAAAGCGAUUCAUACUUCAUGUCUAAUAGCGGGCGUUCCCGUAAAUCUCUAACUCGACCCGGUCAUACUGCCGGGAAAUAACAAAACUAUCAUACAACAGUGAAAAUCAUGAGGACAUUACUACCAUCUCCUUCCGUAGAGUCCAUUCUCAGCCUUCUUCUUGACAGGCGAGUUCCUUUCCAACAUGCGCACCGCAGAAUGCGCCCUUUCUUCCAUGGCAGCAACUGGGUCGUCAUAACUUGCAGUAGAGUGAUACUGGGUAGUCGGUGCGUGAGCAGUGGGCUUGAAGAGAUCAAUAAGCUCUGCAAGACCCAACUUGAGAGCAUCCUUCUUGGAUCCAGCGUCAAUAGCUUGCUCAGCAAGCAGACGCUUGCGCUCUUGCAGGUCAAUAAUACGACCCUCGACGGUAUUUGCGGCCGUCAGCUUGUAGACGACAACGUCUACUGUUUGUGUAAGACGGUGUACGCGAUCAAUGGCCUGUUCUUCCACAAACGGGUUCCAGAAGGGCUCUAUAAUGAUGACUCGUGUUGCUGCGGUCAAGUUGAGACCGAGACUACCACACUUUAAGCUGCAGAGCAACACACGUACGGAUUUGUUCUCGCGCAGUUGACGCAGGCUCUCUUCGCGAGCAUCAUUCUUCAUGCUGCCGUCGUAGCGCGUGUACUUGAACCCAGCUUUGCGCAAGAACGGUUCAAUCAGAUCGAGCAUCGAUGUAAACUGCGAGAAGAUGAUGAACUUGUGUUCGUGGGCUUCUUCGUGCAGAAUGCGUGCCAUUUCUCGAAUCUUGGCUGAUGGAACAAUUGGUGCGCCGCCAUACUGCAGUUCAUCAUCAUCAUCAUCAGAAUCAGAAUCAUCCUCAGAAUCUGAUUCGUCCUCUGAGCUGUCCACCACACGUCGGUUUCUUUGACGUCGGCUCUGUCCGGGAGACGAUAGAGCUUGGCUUGCCAUCUUCUGUGUCAGGGCUGAAAUUGACUCAAGCGAAUCGUCAGAGUCAUCUUCGUCGUCGCUGUCCACCACGGCAUUUCGAUUCCUCUGCUUUCGUACAGGCUUUGGUGCAGCCGUCUUUUUAGACUUCUUCGACUUCUUUGAUUUCUUUGUUGAAGUACCAUUGGCCUGGAACAAUUUCAUAUCCUCUGUGCAUUCAGGACAGGUAUCAAGACCCUUAUCGCUGUCGGCCUUUGUGAGCUCCAUGGAACAUACAUUGCAUUUCUUGGUCUCAAUUCCCAUGGUACUGAAUAGAUCCGCCAUGGCAUCUACGUCAGUAUCCUGGCUUUGUUGACUCUGGCUUGCAUCGGUUGUCAUGGCGUCCUUGUCCUUCUCCAAUUUACCCUCCACAAGCUUCGGAUGGUCGCACACUUGUCGUAGUCUCAACAACAUGGUAAAGGCGCUGGCGUAGCUAAUCUUCUCUUGCAUCAUAGCUUUGACUCGCUGAUCAGUUCGAUGCUCCAGGCGAUCGUAAAACUGUCUUUCCGCCGCAGAGAGCUCACAAGAAAUAGUGACAACUUUUCUUUCUGUUGGCUUGAACGCAGGCUUCGGUGCCUCUUCACCAGCAGGCAUUGCCUUCAAAGCAUCCUUACCACCAGGUAUUAGGGCACCCUCCAGUCGCAAGAUGUCCUUGGUGCGUCGCUUCAUAAAACAUCGCAGAAUGCUGUGCAAUCGAGAAAUAGCAAUGUGGCCUUUGCCAUUUUUCAUUGGUCGGUCAAUGUGAUCCUUCCAUUGGCGGAUGUCAUCAUAUGGCUUGAUUCGAAGGAAUCUGACCAAAGAUUGUAGCUCAUCAAGAUUGUUCUGCAUGGGUGUACCAGACAGACACCAUCGGUACUCUGAGCGCAGAUCGUAGCAGGCCUUGGUUGACUUUGCAAGACGAUUCUUGAUGGUAUGGGCUUCGUCUAAAACGACACGCCACCAAUGUAGCCCAAAACAGCCCGUUUUCUUGCCAUCAUCGGUGGUUGACGAUGCACCAUGGUCUGAAACCAAGAUCUGAUAGGUUGUGAUGACCACAUCAUACUCUGCCAAGUCUUGGAAACGCUUCGUUCUUUGAGGACCGUGGUGGACGAGGACCUUAAGUCCAUUAAACUUGCUGACCUUGUCCUUAAUUUCCUGUUCCCAUUGGCGAAUCAAGGCUAGGGGAGCCACCACCAGGGUGGUCUUCUCGACCUUUUCCAUGUCUUUUGUCCAUCUUUCGCUAUCCUUUGCGGGCUUUUGGUUGAGCAAUAUGAGAGAUAUGGUUUGCAAGGUCUUUCCAAGACCCAUAUCAUCUGCCAAAAGGCCACCUUUUGGUACUAUGCCUUUCCUGACAGGGCCAAGCUCACGUCCACGCAUCCAUUCGACACCUACCACUUGGUGUGGCAAAAGCUGGACGGCAAGGUUGUCGAUCUUUCCGUCCCUGGGUAUCUUUUUCCUUCUUACAGUCUUCUUCUGGAGAGCUGUCUUCGUUUCUUCGGUUGUCUCUUGUGGUUUUGUAGUUGGUGCCCCCGUUACUUUAGCCACUUGCGGAGCUUCUUUCUCUGGCUCUGGUUCCGCUUCGGGCUCCUCCUCUUCCUCUUCUUCCAUACCGCCUUCCAAUAGAGCCUUCAAAUCUGCACUGGCUUUAUUGGGAUCCGUGUAAAAUACCUCGUCUCGCGCAUGGAGAGGCUCGGCAUGUACCUGGUUCGAGCUAAACACAGGCAUUGGCGGUGGCAGUCGAUGCUGAUACGUCGGUGCUCGAGGGACGUUCAUUUUAGUCCGGAGAUGGUGUUCCGGUCGGGACUUCUGUUGGAUAAAAACGUUCGCCUUCUGCUUAAGAGACGACAUCAUUUUUGGAUGGCUUCCGUGCCCAUGUUUACUGAGAAUCUUGUUCAUAGAGCUGGCGGUUUGGACUUGGACACCAUGUUUCAGCGAUGCGAAGCCGCUGAUCAGCUCGUCGAUAUCGAUAUCAUCAUCAGCAGCCUUGGGUUUCGGUUUAUUGGCUCCAAACGGUCCGGCAUUAUCACCGGCCGCUGCAGGCGUCUGUUCGUGCAUCUCGUUAUCGUUGAGGCUCGCAAAGACGCGGCGGGCAGGAUCGGUUUUGGGUAAUGUGUUGAAGGUUGGUGACUUUUGUGAAGAGAGGUUGUUGGCGGGUUUAAAUGCAAAACUAGCAUCUGGUUUGUGCGGCCGCGGCUGGCUCAUUUCUAGCAAGCUUUGUUUGAUUGUUCAAAAAUCCACGACGUUGGAGGGGUGCUUCACGAUUUCUUUGCAGUGGCGGGCGGUUUGUGACAUAAUUG